UAGUUUCAAUAAAUGAAAGAUGAAGCCUAAACCAUUAUACUUGAUAAAAUAUCAAUAACUGAUUGAUAUUGGAUAAACCCAUUAUAAUGUUGGCUGUUAUAGUACAAAUAUUAUGUUAAACUUGAAACAACUUUAAGUUAGAAACAGAUUCCAACAAAUUUAUUGUUUAACUAGCAUGUGAAGUAGCACAAACUUCAAGUGUAAUGCCAUUAUAACCUUCAACUGUAUCUAUUGUUGGUUCAUGUUUUAUGUACAUUGUUUUUUUGUCCAUGAGUACAUGAAACAGCAAAACUAUGUUUUAAUUGUCUUAACAGAAAUUUACCAAAACUAGGCAUCUGCUCUACUUCACCUCUAAAAAUCCAAUAAACAAACAAAACUAAAACCAAAUGUAGAUAUGAUUAUAUAAAAGUUAGCAGAACAUACAUUGCAAAAAACAUCUUACCACUAUACCAAACUUUCCAUCUGAAGAGCUGCAAGCUUGUUUUGUCUUUCAAUGGGGAAUCAAAUGGCAUAUGAAAGAAUCAUCGAAAAUAAUCUAUUCAUGUCCAUCUAUACGUUCCAUUGUCGCCUUCUGCGUUGUGUUUCCAGGUUCUUUACAGCCACCACCACCAUCAGCUAUCCAACAACCACAAGACAUGAUGACUACACAAAACUCGACACAGAGUAUACCAACACGAAAAGGACAAUCAUCCUCGAUCUUGAUGAAACCUUGGUUCACUCCACGACGCAAAUCCCUGGAGUAAGAUACGAUUUCAUGGUGAUGGUGAAAAUGGAAAGCGGGGUUAUGCCAAUCUUUGUGGUGAAACGUCCCGGGCUGACUGAGUUCUUGGAAAGACUUGGCGAAAGCUUCCAAGUGGUGGUUUUCACAGCUGGUCUGGAAGACUAUGCUUCGCAGGUUUUGGACAAGAUAGACAGGAAAGGUGUGAUCUCGCAGCGGCUGUACCGAGACUCGUGCAGAGAAGUGAAGGGAAGAUAUGUGAAGGACUUAUCUAUGGUAGUGGGGGAAGAUCUCGGAAGUGCUUUGAUAGUUGAUGAUAAUCCCUCUUCUUACUCUUUACAGCCAGAGAAUGGGGUGCCUAUCAAGGCUUUUGUGGACGACCUGAAAGAUCAAGAACUCAUGAAGCUUGUGGAGUUUCUUGAAAUAUGUUACGUGUAUGAGGAUAUGAGGGAUGCAGUCCAGGAUUUGAUGGCUAACUAGCUUAUAUAAUAUGUAUAUAUAACUUUUAUUUCCGGGUAUGUUUUUUUUUCUUUUCUUGAGCGUUUUCUUUUGGGUUUACUUGUUAAGGGGGUGGGAGAAAAAUAAUUAUAGGUAGUAGUUUUUUUGCGUUGAAAAGGGAUGUGUGCUUCCUUCUUCAAUGUUGCUCCAUGUACAAAGCAGAUGUUUAUGAAAUAAAAAAGGGUUUAGGUUUAGUAAAAAGCUUCCCAACUGCCUUAUGAUCCUAUUGCAAAUAACACUGUUACAGUUCCUGAGUUUAAGCAUUUCUUCAGCCUGAACAAGGUUUUGCACACUUUGGCCUUUGCUCUGCUCCUAGAUUCUAAAAUCAGAGCAGUGACGCAAAGAAAAACUCCAAAACGUAAUAUAACUGCUAUUAAAACAAACAAGCCAUAACCUUGCCUAAGACAAACAAUUAGUUACCAAUUAGUCAACCAUUUGACUACUAACAAUGCUGCAUAUCAGACAAAAAUCCUACAUACUUCAUUGCAGGUUUCAGUUAUGUCUUUUGUGGUUUUGUUUUCGUUUACAUUCUAAAACCCUAUGUUCUUAUAUCAAACAUUACACUAGUUUUUACAAACAAAUGAACAACCAAUCCCUUAGUCUUCUCUACUCAUAUAAAAAAAUGAGAAAAAGUAAAGCACUUGAUCAAUUCAGCUCCUUCCUCAAUUAACAAAGCAUAAAUUUUGAACAUUUCUCUGACAAUGUUCUAACUUCAACAAGCAUACAUUGUGAUCGCAUAUUUCAUCAGAAUUUAAUAGCAAAAGCGAUGAGCUCAAAAAAUUAAAACAAACCAGGAAAGAAGCAUCUUUCAAUAAGAUACAUGAAUCAAGAUCUAUUACAUUCCAAAAACUUGUGAGAAUGAAAUCGAUUACAACAACACCAUAGACGUCAACAAAGAUGAGACCAAGACAUUCAAUACAAGUCAAAAUUAGGAAAGAAAGCAACUCUCUCUCUCUCUCUCUCUAUAUAUAAGACUUCCACAAAAAAAACUCCAUAUUUAGAUAAAAAUCUAUUAAGUUUUAUAACUCACAGCGGAAGACUUGACUAGGAAGUCGCAAGGCUUCGGCUUUACUGAAGCACAAGUCGUCGAGAGCUUCGCUACGACACCAUCUGCAUCUAGGGAAACCCGAACACUGAGAUCUGGUCCGCAUCUCGCAGCACUUUGGUUUUCUACUAGUCUUGUUCACCUUCGGAUCUGUCUUGAUCUCCAACAGCUCCCGAUCCAAAACACGAACUUCGUUAGAUUCAGAAGACGAAGAAAGCGAUGGACAUGGUAGAACAAGGAGGAAGAUGAAUAGCAGGAGAGUUAAAGACGAGAAGCUUGAGCUAGAUUCCGACAUUGACACCAAAACAAAAGAAAAGCUCUGUUUUUCGAUAUUUUCGGAAAGUUUUUUUCUUUCUGUAAAAUAACUCGAGGAAAGGGGGAGCUUGUCAAAAUCAUUCCUGAUCUCAUCGAGUCGGCAUACAAAUCAGACACGUGUGUGGGCACUAUUCACGCGUGUGGGCGCAAGUUAGCAGAUACCAAGACAAAGUCACAAAGACAGUAGUAACUUUGUGAGUGAAGCACUUUUUUUAGCUUGUAAAACUUUUUACUUUUUUAGUAUAGGAUUCUCAAAUCAGUGAAAAACUUAUCGAGAUCUGUUCCACUGCAUUGGGUGUUUCAUUUGGUUUGCUC